CCCCAGGCCUCGAGCGUUGAAUUCCAGUUGUCCGCCAUGGCGCGCAUGGGCUUGGCAUCGCUGGGCCUGGCCGCGGCGCUGGAGACCCAGUGGUUCCAGCAGCCCAUCGACCACUUUGGAGGUCACGCGGGGAGCUUUGCGCAGCGAUAUUUGGUGGACAAGACGAAGGUGCACAACACCGGUCCGUUGCUCUUCUUCUGCGGCAACGAGGGCGACGUGGAGGUCUUUGCAAACUUCAGCGGCUUUCUGGGUGAGGCGGCAGACGCGCUGAGCGGGCGCUUGGUUUUUGCAGAGCAUCGGUUUUAUGGGCGGAGCCUUCCCUUUGGAGCCGCAUUCACAGCGCAGCAGGCUGAGUACCUGACCGUGGAGCAAGCCCUGGAGGACUAUGCUCACUUGAUCCGGUUCUUGGGAGACUCGACUCGCGUGGUGGUCUUUGGGGGCUCCUACGGAGGCAUGCUCAGCACCUGGAUGCGCGCCAGGUAUCCUUCGCUGGUCUUUGCAGCGGUCGCCUCUAGUGCGCCGCUGCACUUUGACCGCAACGGCGCCUUCUUCGGCCUCGCCACCGCAGCCGCGGAGGCCACCGCCGGCUGCGCGGCCGCGGCGCGGCGGAGCUUCGCGGCGGCGCUGGUGGCGAGCAAAAGUGAACUACAAUCAGCGUUUGGACUUUGCAGCGCGGAUUUUGAGCUGGAUGAGCUGGUGCUUUGGGCGCGCAACGCCUUUGUCACAAUGGCGAUGGGGGACUACCCUUACGCGCAGGACCUCUUUGGCCAAGGCUUACCGGCCUGGCCCCUUCGCAGGGCCUGCCGUUUGCUGAGCGAGACGCAGCUUUCCGCGCCGAGGGCGCUGGGAAAGGCUGUUGGGUCGUACUACAAUGCCACAGGAGGGGUGCGAUGUCACAGCAUCUCCGCAGAGUACCGGGACUGCGCGGACCAGACGGGCUGCGGCGCCGGCGCUUCCCCGUGGGGCCGCGCCUGGGAUGCGGAGGCCUGCCGGCAGAUCGUGUACUUCACCCCCACGGACAACGUCACGGACAUGUUCCCCCCGCGGCCCUGGGGCCCCGAAGAGCUCGGGAGCUACUGCAAGAAGCACUGGGAUAUCCAGCCGCAGAGUGAGUGGUUCCGUCCCUGGUGGUCUGCCGUGGAGAAGAGUAGCCGCAUCAUCUUCACCAACGGGCUGAGUGACCCUUGGCGCGGCGGAGGUGUGUUGGAGUCCCUGUCCAGCACCUUGGUGGCCCUCCACGUCUUGGGGGGAGCCCACAUCUACGACCUCGCGGCCUCACACCCGCAGGAUCUGCCGGCGGUGCGAGACGUCAGGCAGAGGGUCAUCUCUUUGCUGCGGACGUGGCUGUCAGAGCAGGUGAUCGUCUGAGAA